AACUCAGAUGUAUGCAAUUAUCGAGCAAUUGUUAUUGCAUGAGCAGUAUGCAACUAAUCGAAAACUUAAAAGCGACUCAAUAAGAAGAAGCAUUUGUUUACACAACAAAAAGUUAAUUUCUUGCUUGCCAUGACGCAAAUUACGAAUGGAAACGACGAGGAGAAGUCGGAGACUGCUGCCGAAUUGCCGGCACAACUGCUGGACAUAUUCAAGUCUAUGGCUGAGAAUGCCAGCAUUAUCUUCAAGUCCCAGCAAAUUGACGAUCCUGAGCUGAACUUAGUGGAGAAGCAACAAAUCGCUCGAGAUGUGUUUCUCAAAAAUCGUGAAAGCUUUCUACAACGGUUCGGCAGCUAUUUAACUGCGCAGCAAUUGAGCAUAUUGCAUCACGAAGAGCAAAACGAAGAUAUACGCGAGCUGCUCGAGAAUUUUAAGCACAAGCUGCACACACGCAAAGUUUGCGUAAAAAAUCGCAGAUAUCAAGCGAUGCUGCAGUUGCUCCAGCAAGGCGAAUACUUCAGCGAGCACGAAAUGAUGCAGCGUGCUCCCGAGCUGUAUCAGGAGCUAGUUGGCCAGCACUUGACCGCAGAGGAGCGCAAACAGCGCGACAGUUAUGAUGUUCGCAACACAAGUUUCUCCGGCAUUUUGAUGCACACUUUGGAACAGCGGCAACGCGAUGAGCUAUUGCAACAAGUGGAGCAAACAGCAGCAGAGCCUGAGCCAAAAAUCGAACCGACAACCGAGCCUGCCAACAGCACAGAGUGCGAGGUGCCCGAUGCAUGUCGUCGGCAAUGGGGCGGCUUUGAGGAUGAUGAGCCGGUGGCUUGCUCCACAAGUCGCAGUACAAUGGCUCCAACUGUCACCAAGUUGAGCACACCCGAGUUUUAUAAUCCCGCAGAGCGUGAGCUGUUGCGCAAUGAAUUUAUGGGACUUAUGAAGGAGCGUUUUCUCAGUGGCCAGGACAAGGAUUUCGAUUACAGCGCAGUGGAUGACAAUGUACUGUUGGAUGACUUGAAGCAACUGGAACGCGAUGAAGAAGAUGCGUAUUUUGAUGGCAGCGAUGAUGACGAUGAAGAAGAGUUUAAAGAGCAGCAGCCUGUGAUUGAUGACGAACAGGAUGAUGAGCUGGAUGUUUAUAUGCGACAUCUGAAUCAACAUCACAGCCUACAACAUUAGGUUUUCAAUUAGCAUUAGAAUCAGCUUGGCUAUGAUGAACUGCCAGUAAUGGAUGAGUAAACUCUUCAUGAAUGAGAUGAUCAAUGAU